GUGCAUCCAAUUCGUAUCUCUCACUUACUUCAAGGUCACUUUCUAUUAUCCUUCCCAUGACAAUAAUUGUCUAGCCAACGCACCUUCCUAGUCGAAUUCCCAAAGUGUAUCGGUAUUUCCGAAUCAUGAACUCGACAAAAUUUUCUUUUGUUCCUUCACGCAGGCUGUGAAUGCCGUAUACGUAUUACUCUGAUAGUUAUCAAGUUCCAUCUAGAUGAGGAAAACAGCACCAUGGCUGAAGCCCACCAUAAAAGAGCUGGACCUCAGGCGCUGUCCCAAGAGCUCAUUGACAGUAUUACCGACGAGGUAUCGCACUUGGACGACGAUGAUCGUGUGCCAACCUUGUGCAGUUUAUGCCUAACAUCUCGGCAAGUGAGCAUACGAGCCAAAGCACACCUCUUCCGAGUGAUUUCCAUCACUCUGGACUCUGAAACAAUUCCUGCACGGAGAAUCUCUGAGCUCCGCCGUCUCUUCAAAUCGAACCCAGGUCUCGCGCCAUUGGUCAAGUGCUUUAUCACAGAUGACGCUUGCACGCCCGACACUAGCAUUUCAAAGUCACGCAGCUUCUCGUUUAUCAUGGAAGAUAUGAAAAACCUGACGCUUAUCCAAUUGGAAGCUAUCGAGCUUUACAGCCUCCCCAGACGGGACGCCUUUUUUGCUGCCUUUUCCGCCUGCACCAAACUCACCGACGUUCGUCUGGAAGGAAUUACGCUUCAUUUUCAAGGGUUACAGACUAUUCUAACCUCUGUGCCUCUUGAUUGCCUUCGCUUGUCCGAUGUAUGUGUCCUUGAACUUCAGGGACCAAAGUUCCGUCGCGACGAGGCUUCGGAUGAACCUUUCUUGGUGGACUUUCAAGAUCCCAAGCGCAAAGUCCUCCAGCCGCAGAAAGAUCUUAACCUAUCAAUCAAGCAAUUAGUCUUGGAGUUGGUGACGAUAGAAGACAACAUUCUCAUGGACAUGCUAACAACUUCGCGAUUCCGUAUCCUAGCGCCGGGUGUCCUAAAAAGACUUGCCAUCAUCACCGCCUCUUGUAACGACUUUAUCUGGAAGAGGAUCCAAAUUUUUCUAGAAAUCCCCGAAGUCAGGGACUCUGUAUCCGAACUGCACUUGGGCGAGGACUACGGAUACUCUGACGGCAAGGGAUCCCGCAUGACCGAGGAACAUCUCAACAUUCGACUUCCAUAUUGUGAAAGUCUCGACUUGUCCCUCUGUGUUGAAGAUUGGGCGCUCAACCAACGUCUGUCGGUAUGGUUUGCGAAAGCUCUCCGGUGCAUCUCUCCUCAGUAUACCCCAAUCAAAAAAUUGUCAUUAGUCUUCACGUUCAGGUUCAUAGGAGUGACACUGGACAACAUAUCGGACGACCAAAGCGAGCUUUGGGCUAGCCUAGAUGAUGCGCUUUGUACCCAUGAGCUCACUACUCUGGCGGAGAUCCAUUUCCGUUUGCAGAUUAAAAGCAAUUUCAACUCCGACACAGAAGAAAAGGGCGACUAUGAACGUGCAAGUGACGAAGAUUCUCAGACCCAGGAGGACAGACGUCAAAUAGAACAAGCCAAGCAAGACGAGGUGGAGCGACGUGAGAGGAGAAAGGCGGAGAGGAAGGCCUGGCUCGAUGAGUUCAAAGACAAGGCUGAAGAAUGGGUGUUCAGGGUCUGUCUUCCCAAGGCCAAUGCCAUGUAUGGCUUCCAUGGCUCCGGAUCGGCUAAAAACAACAUUGCAACCUCUGUGGACUUCUCAACCAACAUCAUCCCCGUUUUCGAUAUGGAUGCUAUUUUGAGGAAUUAAA